UCAUCCUCCAACGUCCCCCUUGACCUUGUCGAAGAAGAUCACUCAUCAAAACCACUGCCAACAAUCCCAAGAUGCGCACCGUAGUAGCUGUUAUCCUCUUCCUUGCGCUCCUCCAGAGUGCUUCUGCCCUCCCCACUCUUGCCAAACGAGGCGAAGCUAAGCCGAAAGGUGAACUCCAAGCCAAAUACGCGGUCCCGAAUGACGGCCGCCUUUGUGUACUCUUCGGCAUGAACUGUGACACUGUGCCCCCACAGCCCUCAACCAACUAUUGGCCCUGGCCCCAAUCCCCCGAUGAUUACAACCCUUCCACCUGGCCUUUUUGGACCUCUCCGAGCCAAACAAUCCCCUACACUCCCAACGACUCCCCUUACACCGAUGCGAUGAUCGGACAGUCUUUGAAGGCAGUUAAGGACAAUAACAAAAAGGAUGCGCAGGCUUAGGGUGGACCUUAGAAAACCCGACGAAAUUCUUCCUUCAACACGACGUGGACACGAGUCAUCCUCUCUCCGAAUACUGGUUCUCAACGAGCGCUAUUGUCUACGAUACAUGCCUAACAUCCUUCUUAAUAGUGAUUUUGCUUUUUGAUGUUGAUUUGUUUACUGUGUCCUGUCCCACAUCUACGACGUCACGUUUCUGUCCCAUUUCUCAUGCGCCAUUACCGCUUCUUCUGCUUUGCAUGGACUCGCAAUUAUUUAUCCUGAUUUGCCUGAUAUACUAUUGACUCUAAACCAACUUUAUUAAGAAGUGCCAUCCCAAUUGUGCUUUGAGCCUUGGUGAGUUGAGCUUCAGCGAUGACGCCAGAUUUUCCGCGCCAAUCCCGCCUUUUGAGAGCACAUUAGCCCUCUCAGUAGUGACUGGU